AUGUCCUCCGCCGCAUGCAUCUUCUGCAAGAUCAUCAAGGGUGAGAUCCCGUCGAUGAAGAUCUUCGAAUCAGAAAAGACCUUCGCAUUCCUCGACAUCGGGCCCCUCUCGCGCGGACACUCGCUCAUCAUCCCCAAACACCACGGCGCGAAACUGCACGACAUCCCCGACGACCAGCUCUCGGAAGUGCUCUCGGUGACGAAGAAGAUUGCCAUUGCACAGGGCGUCACGGACUACAACGUGCUGCAGAACAACGGGCGCAUUGCGCACCAGCAGGUGGACCAUGUGCACUUCCACCUGAUCCCGAAGCCGAAUGAGAGCGAGGGGCUGGGGAUUGAGUGGCCGACGCAGAACGCGGACAAGGGCGAGUUGAUGAAGCUGCUGGAGGAUAUCAAGGCGAAGAUGUAAAUACGAAUAAUGCAGGCGUUUCAAGUGGAAUUUUC